GUCAUUUUUUAAUCUCUCACGGAUUGCCAAUCCCCUAACUUACUCUAAAGGGGAAGAUAAGAUCUUGUGCCCUUUUAUGAUCUUGUUAAAAACCAGCUUGACAACCAUUUCUUUAAUGCACUUUGUGCCCUCCUGCUCGACAAUACAUGCACUUGCACAUUUACAUCUCUCCCCUUUUUUUUCAAGUCCAAGGCCAACUCUGUUCUCUUCAUCUCUUGGAACAAUUGAAAAGAUUUCUCUCUCAAAAGCUUCUCUGCUGCAAUGGCAAUCAAGAUGAAGGGGAUCUUUAAAGGAAUCAGAUACAUCUUCGGCUCUGUUCAGAAGGAGCAUGAGAUGGAAAUAGGACAUCCAACAGAUGUGAAGCACAUUGCUCAUGUCGGAUUCGACAAUGCUCCUAAUGCUCAAGGAGCCUCGCCGUCUUGGAUGAAUAGCUACAAGACUUCGCGAGAUUUCUCCUCCGGCUCGCUCAGUAACUUCGAUUUCACAGAGAACUCUUGGGCUUCUUUAGAUUUUGAACAAAGGGAGCUUCAAUCUGCAGCAGAUCUUGAGAUUUUGACAGAGCAUCCAUGUCCAGACUUACCAAGAGCUCCUAAAAGUUCCAAAGGAAAAAAGAAGGCGAAGUCCUCUUCCUCAACAAGAUCUUCUGCAGCAUCAACCGAUUCAUACUCCACUGCGAUGGAGGAUGUUGGUGACCAAUUCAGGGGCCCAUUCAGAAUUUAUGUAAAUUAGGAGUUGAAUAUACUCAUCUUUUUGAAAAAUUAUUUCUUUGGUAGAGUAGAAGAUUAGUGUGCAGUUGGUGUGUAAUUACGUGAAAGCUUUGGGGGGUUAAUGUAAGAAGACAAGGUUGUGGCAAAGUAGUGCUCAUGGAAUUUACUUGAUAAAUCAAUUUUGACUUGAAUCUCCUCGGUCGAUCAGGCAACAGCUCACGUUAGCUGGCAUCUCAUAAGUGGGGUUAGCUGACACUCCAAUGAGGGGAUGCCACGUGCGGAAACCACCACCCCGGCGACGGAAGUUGAAGGGCUCGAUCGCCUCGCCGCUCUCCUCGAUCCGUUGUUCCAUGGCUGGAUCCAGGUUUCGCCUGAUCAAAGAAGUCUUAGGGUUUUUCGAAUCCGUGCUAGUGGGUUGUCUCUUCGGCUGCUUCCGGGUCAAGGAUGAUGCGCGGAGGAAGACCAACUCAAGCGCCAAGACAAGCCGCCUCGAGGAACAGGCUAAUUUUAUCAAAAAUUGUCCUUCGCUAUCAAAAGUUCCUGAAGGAACAGGGGAAAUAUUUAAUGGAGUAUUUGCCCAGACUCCUGGGGAAGAUGACUUGCCUUCAAAUCUUCCGUCUCAACCUACAUUGAGUGGCUUGACUAGUGAUUUGAAUGGGCAAAAUGAUCAUAUACAGGAAGGCCUUGCAAAGCCUGAAGAUACUUCAAGUCGGCAUGACAAUAUUGAGAGUUGCAUGAUAGAGCAGCUUCAAACUGUGUCUAACAUUCUGGAGUUUGAUGUGAAUACUUGUGCAUCUCAACUUGAUUGCCAGCAAGAAUCAGUUAGUUUAGAUGUUUCUCCAUCACACAUUGAUAGCAAGACCGUAAACCUCGAUAGUGAUUCACCUUUUCCAACACCAUUAAACAUUAAUGAAGAAUUGCAGACCCCUGGAACGUUCUUUCGAGUUAACUUGGAUAACCGUAGGACUGGAAAGCAUGCAAGGAUUCGCAAUCAGUACAUAUAUCCAGUUCUAAAACCAGUAGAAAAUCUACCUCAAUGGAUUGCACUGCGGCAACAAUCUUUAUUGAAUGUUAAGUCGGAUGAAUCUUUUGAGCCACAAUUGAAGAUUCCUGCAGCAGAUAGUCGAAAAAGAAGCAACCAGGUUUUACCUGACACAUUGUAUAACGGUCACAAUUUUAUCUUUCAAUCGCCAAGUAGAAAUGGGAGCCAAGAAGAAAAUUUAUUCUCAUUCAACAAAUCUCGGUACAAUGAAUCAAUGGGUAUCUCAGCUCAUGUUUCAGGUAGCACAGGAGACAUUGAGCCUGAAACUCCAAAUCUCAUGUUCUCAAGUUUGUCCAAGAGGUUGAAACGUCCAAUUUUGAAUAAUGAGAAAGGAUCGAUUACACCAAUUUCUAAUGAACAAUGUCAUGAGAUGAACAAUAAUGCUGAUAGGCCUAUAAUUGGCACUGCUGCUGCUUACUGGAAUGAUGCUGAGCUCCUUUUGGACUUCCAGAAAGAAUGGGAUGGCAAUGGAAUCCCAAACACUACAACUAAAUAUAAGGAGGAUCAAAAAGUGAAUUGGCAUGCAACUCCAUUUGAAGAGAGGUUAGAGAAGGUAUUAUCUGCCGACAAGCAUUUGCCUCAAAGGAAACUUUUGUACAGAGAAUCAAAAGAGAUAGAGGAAGAAAGCAUGGAAACUUAGGAGUCUAAACUAUACAUAGAAUUGUAAUUGGAAAAUGCCAUGACUGCGCAUUGAAUAAAUGAGCAGACGAUCGAAUCAUCGUAUUUUCUUAUGCCAAUUAUGAAUGUCAUCAAGGAUUUGGCAUUUUUAAUUUCUCAUUUCAACUUUUGUUUGCAUAGCUUUCUCUAAA